UGUGAUCCUGAGGAGGAUUCUCUGGCUGUGGCUUGGUGGAACGUGCAGGGACGUAUGCAGAGCUGUGAUCCAGAGGGUUCUCUGGCUGUGGCUUGGUGUAUGUGGGGACGUAUGCUGAGCUGUGAUCUUGAGGGCGCUGUGGCUGUGGCUUGGUGUAUGGAGGGACGUAUGUGGAUCUGUGAUCCUCGGUGUGAUCCAGCGUAG